UCAUUCCUCGACACACACUUCCAAGCACACUUCUGGACGCCAAUAUCUCUGAUUUUCUGUCGAUUUGAUUCGCAAUCUAAACUCCAAUCAAUCCUGAUUCCUUCAUUUCUCAGCAGUGUGUAUCCAGUGCAGGAUCUCGAUUUGGAUAUCUAUUACAAUAUCGGAAAUAAUCCUGUAUCUGAGUGUACGUGGUAAUAGCGUUGAGGUGUUGGAGGUUUGGAAGGAAUGCAGAUGGCGGCGGUGGCAUCGUCAUCUCCUGUGGUAUUUGGGAAGCGCUCUUUGUCUUCCUCUUCGGGAAUCAGUGGGCAGACCAGAUUGCAUUGUAAAUACAGUGUUUGUUCCUCCAAAUCGGAGAUAUUUGGAGGUGCCUUACGUGUGAAUCUGGAAAGGAACAAUGGUUUAAGCAGAAAGCUCGGAUUGCUUCCUUCUCACGUUGUUUCUCCGAAAGCUGUCUCUGAUUCCAGUUCUUCUCAGACCUGUCUCGACCCAGACGCCAGCACUAGUGUACUGGGCAUCAUUCUUGGAGGUGGAGCUGGGACAAGGCUUUAUCCUCUUACAAAGAAGAGGGCAAAGCCUGCUGUUCCAUUGGGUGCAAAUUAUCGGUUGAUUGACAUCCCUGUUAGUAAUUGUUUGAACAGCAACAUAUCCAAGAUCUAUGUACUGACUCAGUUCAAUUCUGCAUCCCUUAAUCGCCAUUUGUCACGAGCCUAUGCAAGUAACAUGGGUGGCUAUAAGAAUGAAGGAUUUGUUGAGGUUCUUGCUGCCCAGCAAAGCCCAGAAAAUCCAAACUGGUUCCAGGGUACAGCAGAUGCUGUAAGGCAGUACUUGUGGCUCUUUGAAGAACAUGAAGUUCUUGAAUUUCUGGUUCUUGCUGGAGAUCACUUGUAUCGGAUGGAUUAUGAAAAAUUCAUCCAAGCGCACCGAGAAACUGAUGCUGAUAUAACAGUUGCAGCACUACCAAUGGAUGAAAAACGUGCCACUGCAUUCGGCUUAAUGAAGAUCGAUGAGGAGGGAAGAAUUAUAGAAUUUGCAGAGAAACCAAAGGGAGAUCAACUGAAAGCCAUGAAGGUUGACACAACAAUUUUAGGUCUAGACGACGUUAGAGCAAAGGAAAUGCCAUACAUUGCUAGCAUGGGCAUCUAUGUUUUCAGUAAGAAUGUAAUGAUGAAGCUACUGCAAGAUAAUUUUCCGGCCGCAAAUGAUUUCGGAAGUGAAGUCAUUCCCGGUGCUACUUCAAUCGGCAUGAGGGUUCAGGCAUAUCUGUAUGAUGGCUACUGGGAGGACAUUGGGACAAUUGAAGCAUUCUACAAUGCCAAUUUGGGGAUAACAAAAAAGCCAGUGCCAGAUUUCAGUUUCUAUGACCGUUCUGCCCCAAUUUAUACACAACCACGGUACUUGCCGCCUUCCAAAAUGCUCAAUGCAGAUGUUACUGACAGUGUCAUCGGUGAGGGCUGUGUCAUAAAGAACUGUACAAUACAUCAUUCUGUAAUCGGUCUUCGAUCAUGCAUAUCAGAGGGUGCAAUCAUAGAAGACACCCUGUUGAUGGGAGCCGACUAUUAUGAGACGGAUGCAGAUAGAAGGCUGCUGGCAGCCAAAGGAGGGGUUCCCAUUGGCAUUGGCAAGAAUUCGCACAUCAAACGGGCAAUUAUCGACAAAAAUGCACGUAUUGGAGAAAAUGUAAAGAUCAUUAACAGCGACGACGUGCAAGAAGCAGCUAGAGAGACUGAUGGCUACUUCAUCAAGAGUGGCAUUGUUACUGUAGUCAAGGAUGCCCUGAUUCCUAGUGGAACAGUUAUUUGAACUCAUACAACAAAUUGCUAAGCAGGUUCUACCAAUGCAGCUUCUCUUUUACAAAAACUUCCCAUUCCUCUUCUCUUUUAGAGAACAAAAAAACAUCUUAUACUGAAAGGGGACGCUGAAUAAAACGACGGUUUAUUUACUUGGA